GUGACUUGAGACCUACCAGAGAAGAGUGAAACUCCAUAUGCUGCCUGGAUACCAACAAAUUCUUGCCAAAAGGAUUUAUUAUCUGUCAUGGACUGUAUCUGAAAAAAAAGGCUGCCUUCACAUUUGGGAUUUACUGCAACUGCUUUGGAUUUUAAGGGUUCAUCCCAUAGUCGAGAAGUCAUGGAAGGUCUUGAAGCACUGAGUGAAAUGUCCUUGCUGAAACUUUCUGCCGAGUGGUAGUGACCCAGCAUGUAGCAGAGGCGAACGAGUCCCUUCACUCCUGGGAACAAUCUGACAACAUAAUGGGGAAUUCAUACGCCGGGCAGCUGAAGUCUGCUCGAUUUGAAGAGGUUCUCCAUAACUCAAUCGAGGCUUCACUGCGCUCGAGCAGUGGAGAUCCACAGCCCAUCUUCACACAGCUCUACUUAGAGCCAGAGUCGUAUCCUGGUAACAUGGAAGACAUGAAGUCAAAAGCCGACCUCCACGGUGGUGAGCCACCAGGUCACGAUCUCAUGAACGGACACUCUUCUAAUGAUCUGGAGGAGCUGGAGGAAGAUGAUGACUCAGACAGCAGCAGCCCUCCACUUCCCUACCUACAGGCUCCUGCACCAGACGGCUGCUGCACACUUGACGGGUUCUGUCAGGCCGGCAAGGACCUCCGCCUGGUCUCCAUAGCAACGGAGCCCAUCGAAGUCCCAGCAGGCUUCGAGCUGGUGGGCGCCAAGUCCCCCAGCGUCCCCGAGCACAUCCUGGUGUGUGCCGUGGACCGCCGUUUUUUGCCUGACGAGAAUGGGAAAAAUGCACUUUUAGGUUUUUCAGGAAACUGUGUGGGCUGUGGUGAGAAGGGUUUCAGAUACUUCACUGAGUUUUCGAACCACAUCAACCUGAAGUUGUCCACCCAGCCCAAGAAGCAGAAGCACUUAAAAUACUACCUGGUGAAGAAUUCUCAGGGUGCUCUGUGCAAAGGACCCCUCAUCUGCUGGAAAGACUGUAAAACCCGUCAGUUCUCCAGCAAUGCGUCAACCUCCAAACCCAGCUCGUCCUCCUCUCUCAGCAGUAAAGAAAACGGAGGCACCAGUGGACACAGCUCCUCUCCCUUUUCCCUCUCAGAUUCUCCACCCACCAGAACGACACAAGCAUCCUCUGUCUUUUUCGGGAGUCAGGACCUCAGCAGAGACUGCAGCUUCCUCAAACCUCUGGCCUCCACACCUGGAAACAAGACUCUACCAAUAGUACCCACAGCUCUGAGGGUGAACGGGCCAACUAAUGGUCUGGGCGUUGAUGGGCGUCCUCCCUUACUGAGCCCCUCGCAGGUCUCCUUAGGGCCUCAGGUUCAGGGGUAUCGCACAGCUGACUUAGGAGACAGUCCAGUAUCUUCUGCCAUGAACUCGGGCCCUCCAAAGAAGCGCCACCGGAGCUGGCAUCCCACCACGUUGGUGCCCGUCCCACCGACAGCUGUCCCUGUUCCGGCCAUCCGACCAAUUGUUUGUUCCCCAGGCUCUGUGUUAGUCUCCCCUCCUCAGCCACCUGUAGCUGGAGUCAUUCAGCCCCAACCUGUCACUGCCGGAGAGACAGUCAUCGUCCCCGACAACCUGCUUAACUCUUCUGGUGUUCGCCCUGUCAUCCUCAUCGGGCAUGGCACUUUACCUUAUUUCUAUGGGAAUGUCGGGGAUAUAGUGGUGAGCCCCCUGCUGGUCAGCUGCUAUAAGAGCAGCCAGCUGACAGAGAAAACCCUGGAGACUUUGGGCCUCAACAGAAAUCAACUACUCAGUGUGGAGACGAUGAUUCUGCUCACUUUACAGUAUCUUGCACGUUUAGGCUCCAAUCAGAUUCCGCUGAGAGAGGAACUGGAGCAGAUAGUCCUGAAGGCCAUGCUGUGCUGUCCUGGGGGUCCCGCCAUCUCCCCAUCCCAGCUGCCCUGGCUGGCUCGCCUAGAAGCCAGCGUCUCUGGAGGCAGCGUCCAAGUCGUGGUUACCCACAACUCACUGGGAGAGGGCAUUUCUGAGUCACUACGUUCCCUCAGUGAGGGUCCUCACCAACAGCAGUGCCUGCCCACCUACGUGGUCAUCAUAUGUGCCUCUAAAAUGAGCAGCAACGAGUUCUGUGUGCUUGUUUUGGGAAAGUACCAAGCACGGGCCUUAGCUGAAGGCAUGCUGACGACUAAUGAGUUUCUGAAGGAAAUCAGCUACGAGCUCAUCACCGGGAAAGUCAGCAUCUUGGCGUCUCACUUCAAAACCACCUCACUAGGGGACAAUCUGGACAAGCAGCUGGUGCGAUACCAACGUCGACGGAAGGGACAGGUCAUCCAGCCCUUUCAGGGGGAUGUCACUGACCACAUCCACUCCCAGGAAGCUGCCAGCAUGUCACCACCUUCAGACAGAGCAGAGCUCUUAAAUAAGGUAUUCCAGAUCCAUCCAACCCAGCAGAGUGUGGCUCGCAGCCUUCUCUCUCAAGUCUGCUCCAUUGCUGACUCAGGGAUACAGAACCUUGACUUGGGUCGCUUCUGUAAAGUGGACUUCCUUGUUUUGGUCCCGCCCUCUCACAUUCUGGUGCACCAGACGGCACAGCGCAUCCGACAAUCAGGAGUGCUUGUGGACCUGGGAAUGGAAGACACCUCCUCAGCCCACCAGAAGUCAGACAAGUACGUGGUGCGUCUGGAUGGUGAUGUUCACGCCAGGAUGGAGGCCUUCAUGAGGAAAGUCAAACAGAACCCAGACACCCUGUUUGUCCUCAUUCACGACAACUCGCACGUCGACCUCACAAGUGCUCUGUCCGGCUCUGUGUGCCAUGGGGAGCUGCAGGGUCUGGCUGACCGGGUGGUGAACUGCCAGGAAGUCCUAGAUGCCAUAAACCUGUUAGUCCUGCAGGUCAGCUGCUUCCCAUACACACUGCAGACCAGCCAGUCUCGCAUCAGCAUCCACAACGAGGUUCACUGGCCCUCAAACAACAGUCUGCAGGGGGAGCAGUCUCCCAAUGAGUUAGUCUACUUUGGCCUGAGGGACUACAGUAGAUCCCUGCAGUGGGGCGUGGCCAGCCCUAUUCUCCGUUGUGAUGAUGCAUUUGAGAAGAUGGUCCACACACUGCUGGAAAGACAUCCUCACCUACACAGCAUGGUAAUCCGCAGCUACCUGCUGAUUCAGCAGUACACUGAGGCCAUGAUGGCCCUGACCUCUUCCCCAUCUCUGAGAGACCACAUAACUCCAGAGACUCUCGCCAUGGUGGAGGACCUGAUCAAUGCCCCUAGCAGAGAGGGCUCCCAGGGCCGAGGCCACAUGCUGCUGGUCCGCGUGCCCUCACUGCAGCUAGCGAUGCUGGCUCGGGAACGACUAGAGGACGUAAGGGAUAAGCUGGGGCUCCAGUUGUGCUUUGCAGUGCUGCUGGGAAGUCCUGCUUCAGAGCUCAACCUGCCCAGAAACUUCACCAGCCGCCUCAGGGCGUGGCGAGGCUGUGAGAAUGAAGACUGGGUACCACACACCUAUGAGGAUCUGGAGGGGUUGCCCUGCAUUGUCAUCCUCACAGGGAAAGACCCUCUUGGAGAGACAUUCCCCAGGUCUCUGAAAUACAGCGACCUGCGUCUGAUAGAUUCCAGUUACUUGACUCGUACAUCCCUGGAGCAGGAGGUGGGUCUGGCCUGCACGUAUGUGUCCAUGGGUGUUGUCCAGGAGCCCAAGAAGGCCAUUGUCCCUCGGGAAUCAGAUGGAGAGAAGGCCGCCACCAGUUUGAAUGAUGGAGAUGAGCUGGAAAGGCCUCAGAGCAAUGGCAGCGCUGCAACCAGAACAUCUGGUUCCUUGGCAGAGAAUGGAGUCAGCUCAUCUGACGUUGCAGACUCUUCCCAGAAGCCAUCCACUUCCACCUGCACCCCUGAAACUGCCACCGUCUCAGAUAUGGGCACGGUGACACAAGGGUUCAAACAGGAGUGUGACUCCCUGGGCAGCCAGUUCACCCCCAAUCCCUCCAAAAGCUCCAAGGCUCCUCCUUCCCUUUACUCCAGUUCUUCUUCUUCCUCCCCCUCCCCAUCUUCCUCCUCUACUCAGAGGCCCAGCCAGUCCACGCAGUACGGUCAAGACUCUAAGCCUGUUCGAGUGUCACCAAGGACAGUCAUCAUGUCCCGAGCAGCAUACAACCUGCUGGCGGGGGAGUCGGGGAGUCAGCUGAGUUCCUUCUCCCUGCUGCCUCAUGCAGAUGUGGCCUGGAGCAGCCCACUGAGGCCCCUUAUCACUCACAACCUGGAGGGGGCAGAGCAGAGCAUGUACUAUCGCCAGUGGACCACCGCCAGGCAGCAUCAUGCUGAUUAUGAAGCUCCACCUGUGGCACAUCCACGGCGCUUGUUAUUAAGUGGACCCCCACAGGUGGGGAAAACUGGUGCCUACCUGCAGUUUCUCCGUAUCCUGUUUCGGAUGCUCAUCAGACUGUUGGAGGUUGAUGUGUAUGAUGAGGAAGAGGAAAGGGAGGAGGAAACGUCAGUGGUUACAACUCCGGUAAAUACCCCGUGGCCUGACAUUGAGGAAGUUCGAAAGCUGCCCUUUGACCCCUUCCCCCGUGAUCCUAAGUUCAGGAAAGCCAGCCCUGUUUUCUCUGACAAGAUGCCAAAGUGUUUAAAAGAUUUUAAGCAGGAAGGAGACAGUCAAACACCUGCCAAACGAAAGACCAAGUCAGUACGUCUGAGCAAGUUUGCUGCCCACAAUGCCUUUCAUCACUGUGAACAGUGUCACCACUACUGCGAAGCAGGCCCUGCCACACAGCUGUCGGAGUGCACCUUUCAUGCUUUUACCUUCUGCUCGUCCAUGCUGGGGGAAGAGGUCCAGCUCCAGUUUGUUAUUCCCAAAACCAAGGAGCAGCACUUUGUCUUCAGUCAGCAGGGCAGCCACCUGGAGAGCAUGCGCCUGCCUCUGGUCUCCAGCAGGGAUCCUGAGCUAUUGAAGAGUCCAAUCUUCACACCGACUACAGGACACCAAGAGCAUGGCCUGCUCAACAUUUUUCAUGCCAUGGAGGGAGCUGCUCAUGUGCACAUCCUGGUGGUUAAGCAAUCUGAGAUGCCCCACUACAGGAAGUACUGGCCUAACCACAUCCUGCUCGUCCUGCCGGCUAUGUUCAACAACGCUGGAGUUGGUGCUGCUCGAUUCAUGAUCAAAGAGCUGUCAUACCAUAACCUGGAGCUGGAGAGAAACCGACUGGAGGAGCAAGGUGUCAAGAGGCAAGAUGUAUGGCCUUUCAUCGUCAUGAUGGACGACUCCUGUGUGCUGUGGAAUGUCCACCAGUCAGCAGACAGCAGCGAUACAUCCGAUGGAAGUUCAGCCCUCACCAACAUCUCUCUGAAGACGGUGCUGCAGCAUAUGGAAGCCACACCGAAGAUCUCCCUGUACGCAAUGUGCGGUACUCGCAAAUGGAACAGCAGCCUAGCUCGCAAGUCUCCCAGCCACUCCUUCAGUCGGUGUCAUCUCCACGACUUUGUCAUGCUUAAUGUGGACCUGACGCAGAACGUUCAAUAUGACCUUAAUCGAUAUAGCUGUGAAGAGGUGGACUUUAAUCUAAGGGUGAACAGCAGUGGGCUGCUGCUGUGUCGCUUCGACUACUUCAGCCUGAUGAAGAAACACAUUCCAACCGGAGGAAACAAAGACUUCCUGGUCAAACCUAAACUCAUGGAAAUAGAAAAUCACGCUCCGAUCAGCCCGUCCCAGUACGUUUGCGCCCCAGACAGCGAGCAGACCCUCCUCGAUGCCCCGGCCCAGUUCCUGCUUGAAAGGUUCCUGCAGAGCUGCAGUCACAGGCUGUUUCCAAAGGCUGUUCAAAACAGAAACAACCCAGUUCUGUCCAUCGACAGCUACCUCAACAUCAGCCCAGAGAUUUCUGUGUGCUACAUCAACUCUCGUCCACACUCCACCAACCUGAACCAUCAGGGCCUGGUGUUCAGUGGCCUGCUGCUUUAUCUCUGUGACUCCUUCGUCGUCUCUGGACUCCUCAAGAAAUUCCGCUUCCUGAAAGGUGCCACCCUUUGUGUGAUCUGCCAGGACCGGAGUUCUCUGCGUCAGACCAUCGUCCGACUAGAGUUGGAGGAUGAGUGGCAGUUCCGCCUGCGCGACGAGUUUCAGACAGCCAACUGCAGCGAGGACCGGCCUCUCUACUUUCUGACUGGCCGCCAUGUUUGAACCUGUAACUGUGCUCGGGUCUUCUGCUCUGCUGCAGAAGCACAAUCAGAAAUGAGGGUAGAUUUGAUUCCAAACCAGCCAGCAAUUGCCAUCUCUGCUGGAAGGUCAGAGAGGAUAUGCUGGAGCACAAGACCGGACGUUCCUCACUCGUGGACGCAUGGCCACCUAAUGUUGAUCUUCUUCAUCUGUACUACCACAGUGCACUGUGCCUGGCUCUGGAGAGGGUCAGUGCAUGUUUUUAACUCUUGCUUGUAGCUGGGCUUGUCUCCACUUGAGCUUGUGUUCUACUGAAAAACACUUUGCUGUGGGGAAAAAAAAAUCACAGCUGAAACUGAACUUUAUUUGUUUUCGUUGUUGGCAAAAAUGGACACUCUCCAAUCCAUAAUGUGACUAUUUGAAGAUUGUAUGUGUGCAUGGACUGUGACUACAGUAUGUCCCAUCCGGGACAUACGUGUUUAUCUCAGGGUUUUUAAGGGAGAUCCAAGGAUGGUCGCUGUGUAUUCACUGUGUAUGUUUAUCAUUAACGUAUGCUGGCACCAAAGACAUCCUCAGCUGCACCUUGCCUUUUCCCUUCGCUUCGCCUUGUCCCUUCUCGCCACCUCCGCCUCUAAAACUCCUCAAAGCUCAUCGACUAUAAAAACUCAGCUCAUUACAUCAAAGAAAUAUAAACACAGAGGUUGGCCUGCAUCAGUUUUUUUAUCAUCUUCAGAUUCUACUGUAACACCAGUGGGAAUCAGACAAUAAAUGUCUGUUUGAGCUAGCACGUUUAAACUGCAAACAGGGACUCUUUUUUUUCUUGUGCCUCUAAAAUAUUUACGUGGCAUCGAUAAUCCCUCUAGGGGCUGUGGCAGAGUGAGUGUGAUAGUAGCUCCUACAUAACUGUCACGUGAAUUUAUCCAAAGAAUAUAUUCACAACUAAAGAAAAGUACAAGUUGUGUCCUUUCAAGAAUGCAGGACAGUAAUGUUCUAUUAUGGCUUGAAGAUACAACGAUGAAGCAAGUCUGUUCUCCAAAACAGGCCGAGAUGACUUGCCACAGGGUUUUAUUUUAACAUCUCAUCUGCUAAUGUGUAAUGCCAAUCGGAUGGUGCAACAUGGAAAUAUACUCUAGAUGAUUUUGCAUUAAGGUAUUUACUGACUUAAAUACUGGGUAUUUCAAGUAUAAUCACAUUAAGUCAGUAAAUGCAAGCUAGUAAAGCAAGCCUCUUCAUCGCCAAAUAUUCUGCUGCUGACUGUGCUUGGGAUUUCACCUCCUGUUGUAAAGUUACGAGUCUGAUUGUACAUUGAUGAUCUUGGCUAUCAUCCACACACCUUAAGAUUGUUCUCCCCCGAAACAAAGGGUAAUCAAAGAAAAAGGGUACAUGCUGUCAAAAGCAGCUGACUGGGUCAAUUUAUAUACUUGAAAGUCGAAUGUUUUUAUAUAUUUCUGCACAGGGUUGUCCAAAGAAUAUGCCUUAAGUGACGUUUCAUACAGUCACUGCUCGAGUCACGCAUUUUUCGGACCAAUGAGAAUGAAGAAACCAUUUAACUGUGAGGAGAAGAAAUAUUUUGUCUGAGUGAAGCAAGAUGAAAUAAUUGGAUUUCGGACUACUGUACUGUUUAAAGCUUUGUUUACAUUAUUAAUAUAUUGUAUCAUCCCCUUAACCACUGAGGGUUACUGAUGUUUUUUAGUCUUGUGUAACUUUUACCAGUAUAUUUUGGUCAUAAUGUCUUUCAGCAUUUUUUGUUAUGUUGAAAAGGCAAGAAGAAUCUACCUAGAUGUGUCCUUAACCAUAUGUCUGUAUCCCUUCCUGUUCUUGUGUUGGAUUUUUGUUGAAAAUGAAAAUCAGGUCCACGAGGGAUUCUUAUUUAUUUGACAAGCAUUUUGGACUGAUAAUCAUAUUGAAGUGUAAUAUUUGAUUGCAUGCUGAGCUCGCUUAAACCAAGGGAGUGUGUCCUCUUCAAAACCAUCCAUGAAGGCUUUGCACAAGACCCAAACGAAUGAUUCUUAGAUUUACUGAAUGUCACUGGGGGUAGGAAAUGUGAACUUGCACUACACAAGUUGCCAGCAGAAAAAAAAAUAUAUGUUUCCAUAUAAGCAAAACAAUUAAAUUAAGUCCCCCAGUCCCCCAGAACUGGUCCAAUUAUAAGACUGGUGAUCAAAACGUUUUUUUUUCUCAAACUCCACUAGUCCAUAGAAUGUGUCCUUCUUUUUUAAUAAUUUAACACUUAAUAUGCAACUUGCUCUCACAAUCUUCACUGAAAUGUGUUUGAUAACUAUGUACAGCCCAUUGGUAGCCUUGGUGUCUGGGUGAUCUACCUCAUGUUUACCAUUGUGGUUGUGGGCUGUGAACAUAUGACAUUAGAGCCAUGUGAUUGUUGUUGAAAAUUUAUGAAUGUAAUAAAGUGACUUCUA